AUGUCAGAAGCACAUACAAUCAUGAAAGAAAUGACACAUCGACAUCUUCUCCCACAUGAUAACUCCAUUUUUGUACAAUUAAUCUCAGGUCAAUGUAAAUCAGGUAAUCUUGAUUUAGCUACAGAUGCUCUUAAAUCCAUGAUUCGUUUAAACAUCACACCCGAAGCUCAACAUUACGGGGUUCUAAUUGUAAAUCUUUUAAACUCCGGGGUGUAUGAUGAAGCUGUGAAGUUGUUAGAUCAACUUAUAGAACAAGAAAUCGUGUUGAACACAAAGGGUACUUUAGAACUCGAGUCAAACUUAUUCAACCCAAUGAUUGACUAUCUUUGCAACAAUAACAUGACAUCAAAAGCCGAAACUUUAUUUCGCCAGUUGAUGAAAAUGGGUGUUUUAGAUUCGGUUUCAUUCAACAGUUUAAUACAAGGUCACUCAAAAGAAGGAACACCCGAUUCAGCUUUUGAACUUUUAAAGAUCAUGAUGAGAAGAAACGUUUCAUCUGAUAAAACUUCUUACAAGAUGUUGAUUGAAAGCUACUUGAAGAAACAAGAACCUUCUGAUGCGAAAACGGUUCUUGAAUCCAUGAUUGAAAACGGGCAUGACCCGGAUUCUUUAAUCUUCAAAUCAGUAAUGGAAAGUUUGUUUGAAGAUGGAAGAGUACAAACUGCAAGUAGGGUAAUGAAAAUGAUGAUUGAAAAGGGUAUGAAAGAUCAUAAAGAUUUGGUUUCAAGAAUCUUGGAAGCACUUUUGUUGAGAGGUCAUGUGGAAGAAGCUUUGGGGAGAAUUGAGUUGUUAAUGAAUGUUGGAUUUGGGCCUGAUUUUGAUGGGUUGAUUUCGGUUGUUUGUGAGAAAGGAAAGACAAUUGCUGCUGUGAAAUUGUUGGAUUUUGUUUUGGAGAGAGAUUAUGGGGUUGAGUUUUCGAGUUAUGAUAAGGUUUUGGAUGCUCUUUUGAAAGCUGGAAAGACACUUAAUGCUUAUUCGAUUUUGUGUAAAAUUAAAGAGAAAGGAGGAGUGACUGAUAAAAGUAAUGGUGAGGAGUUGAUUAGGGUUUUGAAAGAACAAGGGAACACACAACAGGCGGAUGUUUUGUCAAGGAUGAUUAUGGGGAAGGAAAAAGGGAAGAAAGUGAAGAAACAAGCAUCGGUUUUGUGA